CCGGAUGCGACCAACCAGGAGAGGCCUCGCCCCCCGAGGCCCCGCCCCCGGCGCCCGAAUACCCGGAUGAGAGCGCGCCUUUCGGGUCCUCAAGAAGCAGAGUUGGCGGCGAGAGUGGGUGCUGGUGCCAGCUCUGCUGUGCUCAGACCAGUAGCACCUGAAGGACUGCCAGCCUGCAGCAGCUCCGUGCAGAGAGAGAGGCAGCUUGCUUCAGAGCCCCCCACCAUGACUUCCAAGAAGUUGGUGAACUCGGUGGUGGGCUGCGCUGAUGACGCCCUGGCUGGCCUGGUAGCCUGCAACCCCGGCCUACAGCUGCUUCAGGGCCACCGGGUGGCACUGCGCUCUGACCUGGACAGCCUCAAGGGCCGGGUGGCACUACUGUCUGGCGGAGGUUCUGGCCAUGAGCCUGCCCACGCGGGGUUCAUUGGGAAGGGGAUGCUCACAGGAGUCAUCGCAGGAGCCGUGUUCACCUCACCGGCCGUGGGCAGCAUCCUGGCUGCCAUCAGGGCGGUGGCUCAGGCAGGCACAGUGGGCACCCUCCUCAUUGUGAAGAACUACACUGGGGACCGGCUCAACUUUGGCCUGGCCUGUGAGCAGGCCCGCGCUGAGGGUAUCCCUGUGGAGAUGGUGGUCAUCGGCGACGACAGUGCCUUUACUGCCCUGAAGAAGGCCGGCCGGCGGGGCCUCUGCGGCACAGUGCUGAUCCACAAGGUGGCAGGGGCACUGGCCGAGGAAGGUGUAGGGCUGGAAGAGAUCGCUGAGCGGGUGAGCGAAGUGGCCAAGGCAAUGGGUACCCUGGGGGUGAGCCUGUCCUCCUGUAGCGUCCCUGGCUCCAGACCCACCUUUGAGCUCGCUGCCAGUGAGGUGGAGCUGGGCCUAGGGAUCCACGGAGAAGCAGGUGUGCGCCGGGUCCAGAUGGCGACUGCCGAUGAGAUUGUCACGCUCAUGCUGGACCACAUGACGGAUACCUCCAACGUGUCCCACGUGCCCGUGCAGCCAGGCUCUUCGGUGGUACUGAUGGUCAACAACUUGGGUGGCCUGUCGUUCCUGGAACUGGGCAUUGUGGCUGAUGCUGCUGUCCGAUGUCUUGAGGGCCGCAGGGUGAAGAUUGCCCGUGCCCUGGUGGGCACCUUCAUGUCCGCCCUGGAGAUGCCCGGUGUCUCUCUCACUCUCCUGCUGGCAGAUGAGCCCCUCUUGAAGCUAAUAGAUGCCGAGACUACAGCAGUAGCAUGGCCACACAUGGCCAAGGUGUCUGUGACUGGGUGGACACGGAGUCGUGCAGCCCCCGCCGCACCCCCAGAGGCUCCUGAUGCUGCUGCCACAGGAGAUGUGGCCUCAAAGCAAGCAGCACAUGUGCUAGAGUGGGUGUGCAGUGCCCUGCUGGACCUGGAGGAGCACCUCAAUGCCCUGGACCGGGCAGCAGGCGAUGGGGAUUGUGGCACCACACACAGCCGUGCAGCCCGAGCCAUCCAGGAGUGGCUGGAGCAGGGCCCACCGCCCGCCAGCCCUGCACGCCUGCUGUCCAGCCUGUCCAUGCUGCUGUUGGAGAAGAUGGGGGGCUCCUCCGGGGCACUCUACGGCCUGUUCCUGACGGCGGCUGCCCAACCCCUAAAGGCCAACACCAACCUGGCGGCCUGGUCUGCCGCCAUGGAUGCUGGCCUAGAUGCCAUGCAGAGGUAUGGAAAGGCUGCGCCAGGUGACAGGACCAUGCUGGAUUCCCUGUGGGCAGUGGGACAGGAGCUCCAGGCCUGGAAGCAUCCCGGGGCCAAACUUCUACCUGUGCUGACCAAAGCAGUCCAGAGUGCCACCGCUGCAGCUGAGGCCACCAAGACCAUGGAGGCCGCAGCAGGCAGAGCCAGCUACAUUAGCUCUGCACGCCUGGACCAGCCAGAUCCUGGCGCAGUGGCAGCCGCUGCCAUCUUCCGAGCCAUCCUGGAGGCCUUGAAGGCACAGGGCAUGUGACCACCACCCAGUCACUGCCUCUAGUGUGCCAGGAGCCUGGCACCAGGCCCUGAGAGGGGGUGCAGUCCCAGAUUCCCCCAUCCUGCCCAGCAGACCUACGUGUGGACGAUAAGGCCUCUUUCGAGCUGGCCCAGCCCUGCGCUGACCCGGAACCCUUCCUGGUAGGCUCCCUGAGCCUGAACCCAUCUGCAUGAAAAAAUAAAAGCUGAGAAAUAAA